GAGAACUGUUUCGGUUUAUACAGUAGUACAAGCUGUUCAGCAGGUUAAAUGGGAAAACCGGCCUUUGUAGAAAGAGGAAACGGAAUGGAAUAGUCUUAUAAAGACGAAAAUACAGCCAUCAAACGGAUGUUAGUGGCAUCUGAAUUCAACUGACAUCGUCUGGUUCUGAGAAGUCCUACGACUGUACUCCCAUUGAGCUGUGUCAGCAGUCUGAAGCGGAAGGGCUGGCACUUUGACACCACGAUCACAUCUUUUCAUGCUUUCAGUGCCACAUUGCCUGUGAUGUUGCCAUGUCAUCGACUGGACCAACUCUUAGACUACGCGUAUUCUCCCUCAACUGCUGGGGUCUCCGUUACCUCAGCCGGCACUGCUCAGCGCGCUAUGAAAUGAUAGGGGAGUUACUGAAUAAGGAGGAGUAUGACAUUGCAUUGCUGCAGGAGGUCUGGAGUGAGAAAGACUAUAUGUUCCUGAAAAAGAAACUAACAUGUAGCAAUCCCCACUCCCAUUACUUCAAAAGUGGAGUAAUAGGAAGUGGGCUUGCUGUGUUCUCCAGGCAUAAAAUCCAUGACACAUUUCUCUACCGCUAUUCUUUGAAUGGUUAUCCCUACAUGGCACACCAUGGUGAUUGGUUUGGGGGGAAGGCUGUGGGAAUGGUCAUCUUAAACAUCUGUGGAAUGACUAUCCAUGUCUACGUGACACAUCUGCAUGCAGAAUACAGCAGGGAGAAAGAUGCCUACCUGCCUCACCGUGUGGUCCAGGCAUGGGAGCUGCUUCAGUUUAUCAGGCACACUUCAGGCCAUGCAGAUGUGGUGAUUUUGGGAGGGGAUCUGAAUACACACCCCCAGGACCUGGGCAGCCGUCUGCUCUGUAGCUACACGGGGCUCAGGGACAGCUACAUUGAAGCCAAGACUUUUGAUGGCUGUGAAGAAGGCAUGACACUCAUUCCACAGAACCCUUUCGUCAAUAAGAAAGAAAUGGUCCCUUUUGAAAAAGGGAUUAGAAUUGACUACAUUCUGUUCAAGGGCUCACCGAGGGUGCAUGUGAAGUGCGAAUCCCUCACCACCACAAAGGGCUCUGUCCCAGGAAAGUCAUUCCCAUACUCUGACCAUGAGGCCCUGAGUGGUGUGCUGCUCCUGCAGAAAACGGAGGAGGCUCCUGGGGAGCCUGACAGGUGCUCAGAAGUAACAGACGUGAUGGGUGCACUGGUGGACAUGAUGACGGAGGCGCGGACGGAGGUGAAGGUGGGACUGCACUGCGCUGAGAGGAUGCGGUACUCGACUGCUCGUGUGGGGUUUAUGGGGCUAGUGCUGUUGCUGCUGGAGCUAGCCAUCGCACUGGUGCCUUGGCUGACCCUCAGUAUGGAGCACCCGUUCCCCAGGGCCUCCUUCUACCUCCUGGGGGCGCUGUGUUUUACCACGCUGCUGAUCUCCCUGUUGAUGUACAUCUUCUACACCACAGAGGUGAAAGCCCUGCAAGGAGCAGAGGACCAGAUGAGGCUGGCAAUGGGAGGACUGCAGGAGUGCUUACAGGGCCGCCCAUUGUUCCAUCCACAUGUGCCCAGAAGGGUGUCUGAUAGCCCUGACUCCUGAAAGCAGUCCUGACGUGUUAUUUCCAAAGGCGGUGGUGAAUAGUUCCUUCUCUGGGGUAGAUCCUCGUAUAGUUUACAGGACAGGCCUUUUAUCUUUAAAACUUUUCAUUUGGACUUACUGUACCAGAAAUGGUCUAGUGUGUGCUGCCCAUUUUAUUUCAAUGAAAAGAAUGACCACUAUACCACUGUCUUGAAGGGUUGAACAGCUAGAAUGGUGCCAACUGGAUUUAAAUAUCUAGCAGGACUGAUUUGUAUUCACUUAUUGCUGAAAUGUGAGAUUUAUCUUCUUAGUGUUGUAUGGUUUUUUUUCCGUAUUCGCAUUUGUCUCUGGACAGUCUUGAAAUUGCUUAAGAACGCUAUUAUUCACACGGAUCAAUUUAAAUUGGUGAAUUCCCUUAUUCUUUAGUGCUUAUUGUUUCAAAGUAUUAUUCUCUCAUCCUGAAGAAUGAGGAAAAGGCUUUUGGAAUAACAGUAGAUUCGUCACUCUCAGCAUCUACAGUAAAUAAUGCACAGAAGCAAUAUAAAGCACAAAUACAAUGUUUGGAUACAUUGCAACAUUGCAGAGUAUAGAUUACAAGGAGCAUAAGGGUAGACUGGGAAUGUGCGGUGUCUUUUCUAAACUACCAAACUUAGUUACUUCACAUUACAAAAGGUAAAAAAUGAAGUUAAAAGAGAGUUUGAGCAAAUCUGCAGAAAAGAAUGGGCAAAAUUCCUACUGUGCAGCACUGUUACAGAUGUACCCAAGAAGACUAAAAGCUGUAAUUGCUAUAAAGGUGAUUCUACAAAGUGACUCAGUGGGAUAAAUACUUCAGUAAACAAGAUUUUUCCAUUUUUGUAUGUUUUGUGAUACAAUACAGUGUUUGUUCUCUGUGGAUACUGUUGUAUAAAUGAAGGGAAAAUAAUUUUAAUGCAUUAUACACUCUGGAUGUAUUCUGAGUGUAACAAUAUUUGCAGUCAUUUGAGGGGAUGAAUACUUUCUGAAGGCAAUGUUCAUUAAGUGAAUACAUUUUCUAAUUUAACAGUGCAUCUAAUAGAGAUAUGAAAUCAAAAACAGUUUAACACUUUGAAUGUUACUUAAAAUGAAUGUCCCCAUAUAAUAUUGGUCACUUUAAAUAUAUAAUUUUUUGUCAUGUGAUUAUAGGGAUAUCAUUACUCAAAAAUAAAACAAAUUGUACUUUUAUAUUGUAGGGUACAUACUAAUUUUAUUAUCAUAAUUUUAAAUUGCAUUUUUGUAAAAUCAAAAAAAUCCUUUGUGGUUAAUUUGCUGUAUUAUUAUAUUUGGAGGGCAGUGUUGACCACUGUAACUAAUGCCCUUUCUAACAUCUUUUUUAAAUUGUUACUUAAUCACUGCAAUGGAUUAGUAUUUAAAUAAUUACAACUUUCCUUCACUGUGUCAGCAGCUAGGGCAGUAUCAGCAGCAUGCACAAAUUUCCUUGGCUGUUUUGCAUUGAUGCACAAAUUGAAAUUUGCUGGGGGUAAGAUUAAGAAUUUAGGGCACAUCUGAGUCAAGUUCUUGAUUUGCAGAUCUCCCCAUUAAGAUCUAGAUCUGCGAGGAAACUAAAUAAAAUCCUCAAGGCCACAGGUAGAACAUGCAAACUCCACAUGGAAGGUGCCCUAGUCCAGAAUCAAACCCAGGAUUUAAACACGGUGAGGCAGAGGCAAUAGCUUUCAUGCCAUCAUGCUGCACAAAAAUAUAUGACAACACUUCAAGGUGAAUUAAAUAUGAAUUGAACAUAUUGGAUUGGUUUAUCUGUUAAAACAUAUUACUGUUCAGAUGGUUGUAGGCCAAAGAAGGAGAACAAAAAGUUUUGUUCUUCCCUCCUGUCCAUUUUCUAAUUCCAUUAAAGUCCAUAACAUUAGCAGUGCGUUAUCUAUUAUAUGUGCAUCAUCUUAAGUCUGUAGUGAAUUUUUAGAUUGAAAAAUAUUAAUACAACCUAGAGAGUGGAUACCUGUAGAUCUUGAAGUUUACUGAUUUAAGUGUCUGUGUAACAAUAACUUUGUAUCACGAUCAAUGCACUUCAAUGCUGAUGUGCUUCAGAUUUACACCAAGUGAAAUCACAAGCUUGUCACUUUUAAAGUUGUUUUGAUUUGUAUCGCACAUUAGCCUAUGCUGUUAAAAUAUGCUUAAGAUGUUUACAUCUUGAUACAGUAUCUAUUAAAAAAACGUGUCUAUUGUU